ACCAGCGCUUGUUCCCCUUGCACAGUCUAGACAAGGUCGUAGCUAGCUAGCAUUGCAAGGAGCCUCUCUCGCUAAAAAGAUGAUGUCCCUUGCCGCUCGUUCGGGGGUAUUUUCUCCAUACUUGCAGGCUACGAACUAUGCAGUUGCUGGACCCCUCAAAGCCCUUAUUCCAGGGGUGGUUGUAAAAGGAGAGAAAGUGUUGGUAGACACGAAGAAACCUUUCCUUACCCGCGAGUCCCUGAACGGUCAGAGUCCAAAGACUGGGCCUGCAGUAUCAGUUAGCAUAAAUGCAAAAGCUGCAGUCCGAUUCGCUCACACUGACAUCAAGGUGCCAGAUUUCUCUGAUUACCGUCGGCCUGAGUUACUUGACCCCAAGAAAUCUUCUCAGGAGAGCAGUGAGUCCAGGAAAACCUUCUCCUACCUUGUCACCGGGGCCACAGCCGUGGUUGGUGUCUACACAGCCAAGACCGUGGCCACACAGUUUCUCUCUUCAAUGAGUGCCUCAGCUGAUGUCCUGGCCAUGUCCAAGAUCGAGGUCAAGCUGGGAGAGAUCCCAGAGGGCAAGAAUAUGACCUUCAAGUGGAGGGGCAAGCCUCUGUUCAUCCGCCACCGGUCUGAGAAAGAGAUCGCCGCUGAGGAAGCUGUGGAUAUGGCUGAGCUACGUGACCCCCAGCACGACAAGGACCGCGUCGCCAACCCAAAAUGGAUCAUUGUUAUUGGCGUGUGCACCCACCUGGGCUGUGUACCCAUCGCCAAUGCUGGUGACUAUGGCGGAUACUACUGCCCCUGCCAUGGCUCUCACUACGAUGCCUCUGGCCGCAUCAGGAAAGGCCCAGCCCCACUCAACCUUGAGGUGCCCUUCUAUGAGUUCCCAGAUGAGGACACAGUAAUUGUAGGCUAAAGUUUUGGACUGAGAUCACAGAUCAAUGUGUUUCUGUCUUGCUCAUUAUUCCAUCCAUUAGCAGGCACAACCUCUGUUUCAGGGUGGUAUAAAUUAUUGUAAGUAAUAAAUGUACAUUUUAUCUGAUUGAAAA